GUGGUGGUUCUACAAGUUGUCGUUUCACCGCUCAUUACGUUGUGGUGUCCUCGUACAUGGCUGUCUGUACAGAAAGUUGACGGGUCAGUGGUUGGUGUGUGCUUCGGAACGGACAGUGACAAGAUGGACUUGUGAGAAGUUAAGUGUCAUUCACGGACAUGGAGCGUGAAGGGCGCGUUGAGGGGGACGGACACGGCGACAUUGGAGAGGAUAAUGAAAAAUCAUCAUGGCUGCAACAAGAAAAGGAAGAGUUACCUCCACCUGACGACACUAUCGUGUCAAAGUUCGCGUCCUGUCGGUGGGCCAUUGCCUAUAUGAGUGCCAUGGCAUCCGUCCUGCUAAUAACAUUACGUCACUGUCUCAGCAUGGCAGUGGUGUGCAUGGAGGUGGAUGUCGGCGAUGUUGCAAAUUCUACAGUUAACUCAACGACGUCGUUUCCUAACGUUUCAGCCGCAUACAACUACAGCUACACCUGGAUGUCUCAGAAUAUUUCGGAUGUAAACUUAACGGACCUUUCUACAAGCCAGCCCACCAUGUACAAGAUCAACCCUUACUUUUCUCGAAACAUGGAGGGUGUAUUAUUUUCAAGUUAUUACUAUGGUUACCUAACCACGCCCUUUGUGGGCGGGUUUCUAGCAGCCAGGUUUGGACCGAAGAAGAUGAUUGGUCUAUCCCUGACCACGUGCUCUCUCGUCACACUGCUGCUUCCAAUGGCGUUCAGGGUCAACUUCUACCUGGCUGUGACACUUCGGGUGACCCUGGGAUUUGCUUCGGGAGUUGUUCUGCCGUCACAACAAGUAUUAUGGUCUCACUGGGCUCCCAUAAAGGAGAAGGCCCAGCUGGCUGCCUUUACCAAUUCAGGUGUAAACAUAGGCAGCAUCAUAGCUGACGGUGGUGUCCGCCCUACUCUGUGUUUAUCUCCCCAGGUGUAAACAUAGUCCCGCUGGAUGAGGGAUGGCCCUUUAUUUUCUAUGCAUACGGAGGGUGUGGCUUUGUGUGGCUGGUGCUGUGGCUGCUGAUCGUGUUCGACUCCCCGGAGUCCCAUCCCCGGAUGACUGACAGGGA